GACUUCAUUUUUAAAACAAAAAGCACUUUGGGAAAGAUCAGCAGUGCCAUCAUGAAAUGCGCAAAUUCCCCACACCGGUAACAUUUCCUUUGCUGUCAGUGUCAAUGUCCACAAGUAAACAUAACGGACAUAACCUUAAGUCUUGACUAAAAUUUAGUCUUAGUGUAUAACUUAAGUUAGUGAUAGCGUUUUCGCUAUGCAGAAAUAUGAAAAACUGGAAAAAAUCGGCGAAGGCACAUAUGGUACGGUAUUCAAAGCGAAAAACCGGGAAAGUCACGAAAUCGUGGCCCUUAAACGCGUGAGACUGGACGACGACGACGAGGGGGUCCCCUCGUCAGCGCUACGCGAAAUCUGCUUACUUAAGGAGCUAAAACACAAGAACAUCGUCAGACUAUACGACGUGUUACACAGUGACAAAAAACUGACACUGGUUUUCGAACAUUGUGAUCAAGAUUUGAAGAAGUACUUUGAUAGCUUGAACGGUGAUAUAGACUUAGAUGUAGUGAAAUCCUUCAUGUACCAGUUGUUACGCGGCUUAGCGUUCUGCCACAGUCACAACGUGCUACACAGAGACUUGAAACCGCAAAAUCUGCUCAUUAAUAAGAAUGGAGAGUUAAAGCUGGCCGAUUUCGGGCUGGCGAGGGCUUUCGGGAUCCCGGUGAAGUGUUACUCUGCUGAGGUGGUCACUUUGUGGUAUCGGCCGCCAGAUGUGCUAUUUGGGGCCAAGUUAUAUACAACUUCGAUCGAUAUGUGGUCGGCAGGGUGCAUAUUUGCUGAGUUGGCAAACGCAGGACGACCUUUAUUUCCUGGGUCUGACGUGGACGACCAGUUGCGACGAAUAUUCAAGUUAUUAGGGACUCCCACAGAGGAAACAUGGAGUGGCAUGUCUCAACUACCAGACUACAAACCAUUUCCUCUGUAUCAACCUAAUAUGAGUUUGUCGCAGGUUGUACCUAAACUGGGGAAUAGGGGAAGAGACCUUUUGCAAAGAUUGCUGGUUUGUAACCCUAUGGGACGAAUGUCUGCGGAUGAUGCGAUGGCACAUGCAUAUUUCAGUGAUCUUAAUCCAGCGAUUAAGAAUGAAAGGUGUUAGAUGUUUUGUUUUAUUCUAAGUACAGUUUUUUAAAAACGUCCAGUUUCUAGUCAUAUCUCAUUUUCAUUAUGUUUAUUUUUCAUUUAGAGGACAUUCAAGUUCCAUUUCCUUUGUGUACCCAGUGUUUCAUAUGCAAAGUGUUUUAUUUUGAGAUUUGUCCUAGUUGGCUUUUAAUUUUUAUGACUGUGGUUUUUAUAUGGAACAAACAUUUUUCAUUCUUUUAUAGAAAUAAACGAUUUAAUACUA